AUGUCCUCCACUCCGUUAUCCACUUCCAAAUACAGCGUCAUCCUGCCGACCUACAAUGAGCGACGAAAUCUGCCCGUCAUCAUCUACCUGCUGUGCAGCAUGUUCCAGCAGCAGUCGCUAAACUACGAGAUCAUCAUCGUGGACGACAACUCGCCAGAUGGGACGCAGGACGUUGCCAAGCAGCUGGCAAGAGUAUAUGGAGAAGACCACAUCGUUCUGCGGCCGCGGGCAGGGAAGCUCGGCUUAGGGACUGCGUACGUGCAUGGGUUGGACUCCUGCACGGGAGAAUUUAUCAUCAUUAUGGACGCAGACUUUUCCCAUCAUCCCAAAUUCAUCCCACAGAUGAUCGAGAUGCAGAAGCACGAAAACCUGGACAUUGUACAGGGGACAAGAUACUCGGGGGCACACACCGGUGCCGGCGUCUACGGAUGGAACCUGAAACGCAAGCUCGUCAGCCGAGGCGCCAACUUGCUAUCCAGCUUUGUCCUUGGGCCUCGAACAACAGAUGUGACGGGGUCUUUUCGCCUCUACCGACGACCGGUGAUCGAGAAACUCAUUCGCGAAGUGACGUCCAAAGGCUACGUCUUCCAGAUGGAGAUUCUCGUGCGGGCACGCGCAUCUGGCUGCACCAUUGGCGAGGUACCGAUUACUUUCUGCGACCGCGUCUUUGGCGAAUCCAAACUGGGCGGCGACGAAAUCGUCGGUUACGCAAAGGGCGUUUGGAACCUCUUCAUCAGCAUUUGA